GGAAACUUUUCGUGGACGCACAGAGGAAAGACUUGUUUACAAACAGAAGAAAAUGUCCCAAAGAAACUGAAAGUGAUGUCGAAGAUUGGAGGAAUUUGCGGUACAGAUUUGUUAACGGUAUGGAGGCUGUAAGGAGGCAUCAGCGAGUAUAAACCUGAAUCUCUCCAGGUGUUUUCAGGGGUAAGUUUUCUCUGCCUGGUUUUUGAGUUUCUCUGGGCUGACUCAUGGUCGACAGAAGAAAAGUGUUUAGUGGAUUUGAGGAUCAAGUUGCGCGUCAGCUAACAACAAGUACCCUGUUACUACUAUCUAAGUUUGAGUUUUGUUUUAGUUUCAGUUGUUUUAGCUAGUUUACAGCUCAGCAGGUCUGGCUCCCUUUAUCUGAAGACAUGUAAUCCAGCUGUGUUCACAUAAACUAACACUUUCAGGUCCUACAUACACCACCGAGUACAGCUAUACCACGACACAUGACGGUGUACUGUCUUCAUGUGCAGACUUGUUUUAUUCUUACUGUAGUGUUACACAUUCAGCAGCACUCAUCUUUCUUCACCGUUUAAUCUCAACUCUAUCUGCAAUAACCCAAAGACUGAAAAACUGCGAUACUAUCAAUGGCCUCUACUGUGGAUAUUAUUCUCCUGCUGCGUACUGCAUCAUACAGUAAGUCAGAUAUGAUCAGAAGCAGUAAAAAUAGCUGAUUAUAUCUGUUUUUUGACAGUAAGAUUAAAUACUUUUGAGUUAUCAACAAAGCAGAAUAUUUAAGGAUAUCCCUUUGGGCUUAGAGAAACACUGAUAAACAAUUCCAGCGUUUUCUGACAUGCUGUGACUGGACAGUCAAUCAAUAAUAGAUCAACAAUGAAAAUAACUGUGAAUGCAUUGAUAACUGGGUAUUAUGUCUGCUUUGCAAUCAGGAAUACUAAAGAAAAUAACAGAUUGUUGCCUAUGGUGAUUUUAACAGAAUAUAUUUUUUUGAUUGAAUAAAUGAAUGAAUGAAUUGAUUUAACAUAAACAUCUUAGAAACUGAGAAUUUUAUACAAUUUAUCUUUAGGAAUGACUCCAGAGUUUGGCGAGUUGAUUGAUCGAGUCAUUUUUUAUGUGGAUGUUUUCCUGUCAACAUGUCAAACUUCACUUUCUCUCCUCUCUCAAAAAUGUUAUUGCAAGAGAUUUCUUAAUAAAUCCCAUUGAGGUGCCGGUUUAAGAUGUGUGGGCUUAAAAUUGCAUGCGUCACUGAGUUUAUUCAUUUGAUUUACGUAUUCAUUCUAGACGUACUCUGCUGGUCUUUCUGUGGGGGCAGUGAGAUAAAGCUGAGCAGGUGGAGCGUCCAAGUUACACAGAGGUGUUGGCUGUGGGCAGUCAGCAGGACACAUGGCAGAGGAGAGCAACAAGCUGACACUGAGGCGCCUUGAGGCACCGAUCCACAAGUUUAUUAAAGUGGCUCUUCCCACGGACCUAGAGAGGCUGCAGAAACACCACAGUAACAUACUGAAGGUGACGGCAAAAAUCUGGCUCCCCACAUGAUAGCACCCUCACAUCCACUCUGUCACUUCCGCUCCACAGAUGGAUAACAGAUCGUUUUUCCUUUUUUCUGUCUUUUUUUGUUUGUUUGUUUGUUUUGUUUGUUUUUGCAGUACCAAAAGAGCCAGCAAUGGGAUCGCCUUCAUCAAGAGCACAUCAAUGCCAGCAGAACUGUUCAGGUAUAAAAUAAUCCUCUGUUACUGAACGGUUUCUUCUUAACACCAAUUAAAGCAUAAUUUCCUUCUUUUACGUCAUCACUAAGACAGCUUGUGUUUUAUUCAAGCUAGAGCCUUACAGAUAUGUGAAUGUGGGGAUUGUUUAGAAGAUGCUGUGACUCAUUGGCUCUCAGAAUUCCUAAGCAAGCAUGACCAAGCAACUGCAGACUCUGUUAUUUCUUUCAAGUUGUCUUAACCCUUGAGAGCUCAGUUUUUAAAAAACAAAUCAGUUUAAUUUUACUAAUAGUCGGACUAACACAAAGGAUUUCUCCCUAAACCUAAACCUAAUUCAACCCAGUCACCCCACCAACAACAAAGUGAACUUUGUUUCAUCUGGAAAGAAAACAAAGCAGAUUAACAGUUAGAUUUUUAAUACAAAGCCCAACUUAUGAACUGUUUCUGAAACUUUUAAAAAACUCGCCUUUGCUUUUCUCAGCAGAUGGAUUUUUUUAGAUGCCUUUUAGGAGACGGUUGUUUAUGGUACCGGACCGGGCUUGUCAUCACAACAUAACUAUCUCCAAAUUAACUGUAGCACUAAAUCUGCUCAUGAAGGCAAAGAGACAGAGUUCAACAAUCGGAGAAAUCUGUUAGAAUAACAAAUGUACCGUCUUCUUGCCUGUGAAAAUGUGCUUUUUGUUCAUUUAUGCAAAUAUAAGCAUACCUCUCACACUGUGACGAUAUUACAGUGUGAAUAAAUAAACUCUAUGUAGAAACUUACUCUAGAAAUCAGGGCAGAAAAAGAGCUGCAACCCAAACCUCCAGUGUACCGUCUCUUGUGUGCGAGCACUUGCUUACUUGUUCACAUGGUGGAUGUGAAUGCCUCAGGGGAAGUUGUUGCCUGGAAGCGACCAUGUCUCUAAAGGUGAAAUAACUCCAAGCAGUCGCACACCUAUCCUCUCACCAUUACCCUGCAAACUCCGGGGACACACAGCAAGUGCUUUCUCGUGUCUUCAUGGUGUUAAUCAAGAGUAAGACAUAGACUACUCUGCUUUAUAUGUGUGUGUUUGUGUGCAUGUGGUCCACAGUGCUCAAGGAUAAACAAGUUAGAGGAAAGAUACAUAUAUGGAUCAUCUUUUUUAGUCUGUCUGUCUCUGACCCUGGGUGUCUUUAUCUUUUAUUGCCCCCCUACCAGUGAGAAAAACGGCAGGCUCUCAUAUUUGAUUUAUUCCACCAGAUUAGCGCAUAGCUAACCAUCAAUAGAAGAAGCUCUGUCAGACCCAGUAAUCUCUUGUACAUUGUGAAAGAGGGGAGCAGGGUCAGCACUGUUCUCUAAUGUAUGUCUGCUGUUAAAGCGUGUGUUUUAACCUGCUUGGUUAUGGUUAAUUUGCAGUCUGACAGGUUCCUGACCUGUCUAUUUCUGUAUUAAUCAGUGUGUUUUUCAGUUUUAUGCACAUGUAUGUUUAUUCAUGCUGUGUAAUUAGCAGAAUGUGUUAUCGGCAGCAUAUUGACCCCUUGAGACCAGGUCGUACCUUGGCCUGAAAGACUGAUGGCUUGGAUGUAAUCCUCCUGUCACCCUCAGGGCAUAGUAGGGAGCGAGGGGGGGCCUGUGUGCCCGAGCCUCAUAACUCGACCUAAUUAAACCCAGAUCCCAAUGUACGUAUGUUUACACACACAUGACGGUUUACUGGAAGUCUGGACCUGUCCUCGUGGGGAUUUCUCAGGGGCAACAGGUAGAGAAGAAACAUUUGAUUGCAGUUUUAAGUUUUUGCCUAGUGUUAAUUUGUUGUGAGGCAACAUGGAAGUACAGAUUGAUAUCAUAGAAAUGGCGUUCUCUGUUGUGUGUCUUGAAUAUUUUUGCCAAGAGAGUUAAAUGUUACUGUAGAUUGGUCAUACCUUUGUCUCUCGAGAUUGGAGAAGUUUAGUGAUUUCAGGUCAUAGCGGAUACCACAUAGUGGGAUCUGAGACAUCGUACCCUGAAGUCCUCAGCCAAGGGUCUGCUGACUAUUCUUCAGUCCAGGCUGAGGACCAAGGGGAACCAGACUUUUUCUGUCAGGGCCCCGCUCUCUAGAACAAACUGAGGAGAUCAGACUGGCAAGUUCCUUAUCCUCUUUCGAAUCUCAUUUAAAAAACCUUUUUUCUAAGUGCUUUUACUGGAUGUGACUUUUAACUUAGCUCUUAACUUUUGAUUUAUUCUUAACUCAUUUAUUUUAUUUUAUCUCAUCAUUAUCAUCAUAAUUAUUUUUAACUUAUUUUAGAAACUUUUAACAUGGUUUGAGUUUCCUCUUUUAUCGAAUUCUAAAUCAUUCCUUUUGACUGACUGUUUUUGACUGAUGUCAGCUGCUGUAUGUUCUUCCUCUAUUUCUAUUCUGUUUUUAUGAUGUGAAGCAGUUUGUUACUCUAAAAGUGCUUUAUAAAUAAAGUUGAUAUUAUUAUUAUCAUUAUUAUUGUUACCCUCGUUUCUAUGUGAAAUGAUUUCUAUAAACACUAUAUGCCUGACCCAGAAUAUUUAGAGCAUUCAAAGGCAGGAAAAGUUAAGCUGCAGGAAUGAUGCUAAGCCUCUGAGAGCAUUAGUCAACACAAAAGUGUUUUUUUGUGUGUGUAACUUCUAAAGCCCCUGUGAGAAACUGACUAAAAUAAAUACUGACGCCUGUGUUCGGGCAGCAAAAGAAAAACAGACUAACAGCUGUAAAAAAAAAAAAAAAGAUUUUUAUCUUUAUUUUGUUAUUUAACUGUCACCACUGCUGUAGGGAGAGUGUUAAAUGAGGUGUUUAAUCGUACACUGCCUUUCCCAAAGUUUUAGCAUGCCUAACUUUCAUUGUGUUUGAGUAAUUUAGACAUUAAAAACUGGGACAGGUGAGAUUUUUCGGCUCACACCUUUAAUAGAAGAGAUUAGCAAAGAAAUAAGGCUUGCCCUUUGUCCACAGAGGGUGUCAGAAGUGAGCUUUAACUAAUAAGAAAUAAAUCAUUACAAUGUUGGAGUAUAAUACAUUUAUUGCUGAUAUUCUCAAGAUAAAUUUGCCACACACAUCGCAUUACUGCUAUUCUACCUUUGCAUGAUCCCCUAAAGUCUGCUCUUUUAGUUAGAGGGUUUUAAAAUGUUUGAUCAGGUUGGUGAAAUACCACAUGCAUCCCCAAGAAUGGUAUCAUUACCUCUACAACUGUCAACACCUUACAUUUUAUUACUGAUUUGUUUGGCCCUUUUUAAAUAUCAGUCUCCUGCCUCUACUCUGUGUCCCUGCAGCAGCUGAGAGCUAACAUCAGAGAGAUGGAGAAGCUGUGCGCUCGGGUCCGUGCUGAAGACGCAGCCUCCCUGGAAGCGCUAGUAACACCAAUCCGAGACAGGGCGUCAGCAGCAGCACGAGACUUCCUACUUCUACACUCUAACCCAGUCUCACAGCCUGUCCCGGCACCUGCAACUCAGCCAACCAGCUGUGUGUCCACUUCGGAUGAAGAUAUCGAUGAGGAGUUGGUGUCUGGCAGGCAAUUCCAGCUCCGCCUUCCAGAAAUCCCUUCAGAUCAGAGCGCAGCAGAGUCUUGGGACAACCUGGAGGAGGUACGCAUGCACAGACUAAAGAAUUUCCUCGUGAUUUUGACAAAACCUACAAUGGAGAGUUCAGAUAUCAAUGAUUUCUACGAGUUUAGAACUUUUUCUGCCGAUUGGUUUACUAGUUACAGAUUGUCCUGCUGUUGUUUCCCUAAAUAUUCACAGCCGUCUGACCCUUGUCCUAUGAAAUAAUAAAUAAGUGAUCAUAUCCAUUGAUACUGGCCUGAUAAAACUAGUUUUAACAAUAGUGUCAUCAAACUUAGUUCAUCAUACCUAAUGAACAGCAUUCAAAAUAUGUAACUUUUUCGCAGUGAUAUUUUUCUCCGUUUUAAGUAGCUGAUACUAACUCUUGGAAGUAACUGCGUAAGAUAUUCCUGUAUCCUUGUUUUAAAAAAAUUUAGCUUUGCCAAUAACACAUGGCAAAAGUUUGAAUUCAUUGCAAUUAUUGAAAAACAUGUAAAAAUUUUUGAUAAACAAGCCUCAUCAUGCGUACAUUUUACCUAUCUGACGGGUGUAAUGACGAUGCUGUCACAUUGUUUUGAUGCAGUUAAAUGAAGCUCAAGCGAGCUAUCAGGAUCCAAUUUAGAAAAAAGUUUUUGGAUUCAGGAAAGACGUUUUGCAAACACCAGUACUGAUUAAUCAUGGAGGACACUAGAUAGACGUACACUACAGAUAUGGGAUACAGCCAGUGUGCAUAUUUUUAAUACUUUCAUAUGGAGACCACAGCACUGGAUAAUGUAAACAAACAGCAUAUUUCUUGUUUUGUUUUUGCGGAAUGUGUGGAAAGUUUUGCUGCAGACCAAAAAUCAGAUAUUGAUGGAAAGAGCUGGUCACUAAUUUAUCAAUAAUGGUCUUAUUCUAGCCAGAAUGGACAACCAGGACCUGAGGCUAAAGAAGCAAAAUGCGAUACAGUCAAAGUGUGCUUUUUUAAAGUUUGAUCAAUUUAAUUGAUCCCUAUAUAAUGUGAUAUUCACACACCAAAUCAAAUUAGUUUCAAUCUUUGAUCUGUGAUUUAUGUUUCCAUGAUUGUACACAUGAUUUAUAGCAAGUGUAAGAUGAUGUAAUGCAGCUGACCUCUUUUGUUUCUGCUGAAAUCCUGACUUCAUGCCGCGCUACUGUUACACAAGGCCAUUCAAAAUGCAUAAAUGAAAAUGAGAAUGAAUGUGAUCGGUAUGAUGUAAUAACAAGGUAAUUUUUUCUCUUGUAGGAUCUGAAGGAGCUGAGUGGUUUAGUGACCGAGUUCUCUCUGCUUGUCCAUGUGAGUGUUCACUCUUGACUCCUCUGUGAGCUGCCUAGCUGCUACAUUUACAUUUCUACACUAUAUCCAUUUCCCUCUCAUACAUGUGUGCACAGCUACCCCAGUGAGCCAAGAACAAUGUAACAGGGACUCUUCAUCUAUAUAACAUUUCCAGGAAGUGGUGUGUGUGUGCAUUUGACCAUGUGUGCUCGUGUUGCCUGGUGAAGCUGCUGUGAGAGGAGGUUACGCAGAUCAGCUCAGUGCUGCUGGGGCCCUCACUAAGGCAAGAGGGAGAGAUUGAGGAGGACACAAGGAUGAGAGGAAGGAUUUAGGGGGAGGGUGGAAGAUUGUCCACAGGGUGGAGAGGCAAGGAACCAGGAACACAUCGCAGGAGCAGGUGGAGAACAGACGGUGUAGAUUAUCACUCUGUCCUGAGGGAUGGAGAGAGAGGAGCAAGGAGAGAGUAACAGAGAAAAGAAAGAGUGAGUGAAGAUGUAGUAGCCAUGAAAGCAUGGUUAGAAAGAGCAUUGACAUGUUGUUUCGUCGUCUCGAGGGUGAAAAACACCGUUAGGGGAGAAAUAUUCCAGCGCUCAGCCACAGUGGAAACACCGAGGGAGUGUGUGGUCGUGUCUUUUUCUGUACAUGCGUCAUGUUUGUGUCUGCUCCGAUGUCAGUGUUUUCAUCUGAAGGUUUUCUAUCUUAUCAUGUCUUAGUACUAUGAGCGUAAUUAGGAAGGAACAGUGUAGAAAACAGAAAACAGAAAACUACAACAAGUAUAAGAAGAGCAGCGUAAUGAACAGUAGACAUGUGCACGGGUUGGCAGAGUGUUAUUAUACAUGUUAUAUCUGAAGUUACAGACUCAAGUUUGAGUAGACACAAGGAAAAAAAACAUUAAAUUAAAAUUUACUUAAUUUCUCCAGAUUUUGGCUGUUUUAGUUUUAUAGAAAAAAUGAGAAUCGAAGGCAAAAUGAGUGGAUCACAUUACUUAGGGGGCUAUUUUUGCCUUUAUUAGACUGGCCAGCUGGAAAGAGACAGGGAAUGAGGGGAGAGGAGAGUCGGGGAAUGUAUGCUACAAGAGGUCAAGUCCAGGAGUUGAACCUAUGACCUUUUAACCUAUGACCUUUGUACUCAACUAUGUGCAGAGGGCAUGCAGUUGAACCACUAAAACAACUAAUACCAUUUUUCUCCGAACUCAAGUGUUCUUACUUAAGUGAAGAAAGAACUUUUUUGGUAAGAUGCACAAAUUCAUAAAUUAAAAAAGGCUUUUUAUUUUUCCUUUUAAAAACCAUCAUUUUGAAAAAUUCUUUGUGACUGUUUUUGGGGAACUUUAUACUUUUUUUAUUUCUAUGGCUGCAAGAGCUGAUAAAUUCGAUCGUUUUAGCAUCUCUAAUACUCAAAAAGUCUUUCCUCAUUUUUGUCAUUGAAUUGUACAUUAUAAAUCUAUGAAACUGGGACAGUUGGAAGAAUAAAAUCCAAACAGUCAAAUUCCAAUUUUUGGUUGUAGAAAAUUAUAAUGCGCCUUUUUUUCUACUUUCUUACAAUGUAAUCCACCAAAUGUGUCUGAAACAGUGUGGCUGUCAUGCUACGGUCCUAGACAGAUCUGUCCAAAACUUAAACACAAAAGACUUCUGCAAGAAAUGUGAUCUAUAAUGUUUGUCAAUUGUUUAACUUUUGAGCUCAGAUUGAGGAGAUGAACAGAGGGAGAGGAGUCACAUAGGAGAGAUGAGGAAGAGUAGGAAGGGAACAGUGCCCUGCUUGUUGUUUGGCCACUGUGUCCAUCCAGCUCUCACAUGGAGAGAGACAGCUGCCUCUCUAAAUAUUUCAUGAGAUUUACACAAUGCCACACACACACUCACUCACACACACACACACUCACACACACACACACACACACACACUUCCUGUGUUAACGUGUGCCAUGGAGCAGAAUUUAGACACAUAGAAACGUACUGUAUGACAGGUGGCUGCUCUGUCAUAUGUGUGUGUGUGUGUAUUGCAUGUGUGUAAACUGAGGUGAAUGUGCUGGCUCGUGUGUGUGUUAUUGUGUGUGUAACCUCUGUGCAUCAGUCCCAGCAGGAGAAGAUUGACAGCAUAGAGGACAACGUCAACACAGCCGCUGCCAACGUGGAGGAGGGGACCAAGAGCCUGGGGAAGGUGUGUAUAUAUGUGUGUGUGUGUGUAUGUCUGUGUGUGCCAUGAUGAUCUUGUGUGUGCGUGUGUGUGUGUGGUAGUGUUUGGGAGAUGGGGAGAUCGAUGGCACUUUGCCUCCCAGCCAUUCCACAGCGUUUGUCCCUAUUGAUCCACACGAAUACGGAGGAAAGAUGCAAUUAAGGAAAUAGAGAGAGGAGAGGAGGGGAGGAAGAGUGAUAGAGAGGUGACAAGUGAGAGUGUGUAAGUGUGUGUGUCCCUGUGUGUGUUCUAUUAAGAAGCGGUUUGAAUGACUGUUUAAUAGUUUUUCAAGAGCAGCAUCCGGACUUCCAUUAUCAAUUCAAUACACUCUCACACACCAAGUGUAACUCAGACGGACAACUCAGCGCCCUUCACACAUAUUACGCACUUGGAGUGUUGAACUUUUUGUCCCUAAUACUUGGUAUGAAUCACCUGUGCUCCUACGUCAACUACACAAACACACACAAGUGCAAAGUUUUCAAAAAAUACAAGAUUUUACUCACUUUACCUGCGUUUUUUUUUUUGUUUAAAGUGGAAGAUAAACGGCGCUCAUCAGAUGAAGAACCCUUUUUUUUUUGAUCUUACACUUUUAGGCACAUAAUGGAGGUGUGAAGCCUUUCCACUGUAAUGACACUCUCUCUCAGAGGCGAUGGCGAUGACACAGUUGUGAUUUUUUGUGUGCUGAAGUGAACCUUUUCAUAGCUCACACAGGACAGAAGAUAACCUAGAAACGAAAAACUCAUUUCUUCAGGGCUUUUUCAACAAUUAUCUGAGGCUGUCUGUUCAUUUAAGUCAAAAAGAAAAACAUUCUUUCAGACAUGUCUAAUACUGAGCCAUGCAGAUGAGGAUUUGUCCCAGCAAAUGGGAUUUCUGCCACCACUUAAUGAUUAAUAAGGCGAACUAAAUUCAUUUUGUGGUGCUCAAAAGCAUCGGAAUAAAGACUUUUUGCUGAUUGAAAAAUGCGUGUAUGUCAGUCUGGAUAAUCCGCACAGUUUAAGGACGUGUGUCACGUAGAUUAUUUCUUUAUUAAAAUGUGGCUCGAGUGUAAACAGAAGCGCUGACAGAAAAGUCUGUUGAAAGAGAAUCUGUUGUUGGGGUACGUUUGGUUUGUCAUCUACUGAAGAGCUGGCGUUUAUUUUGAUCAGGAUUCACCUCCUAAGAUUUUGGAACAUGUUGAGAUCAAACCAAGACUGUCUUUGUGAGCAGACACACACACACACACAGUUUCUUUUUGCAGUGUAACCUCACUGACUGACUCUUCAAAGUUUUAAAUAGAAGUCUUAACAUUUUUUAAAUAAAAUCAACUCAUUUAGAAAAGAAAAAAUAAACAAAACUGUUAAAUGAAAUUGAAUUUACCCAAACCGCGACACAACAAAGGUUGACUGCUCCGUCUGGGUAGGGGAAGGGUGGUGGGGAUGCACGCGGAAAUAAAGCAGAUGAGAGGGGUGUCAGAUGUUUUAACUUGUUUGAAAGCUUGUAAUCUGUCAUCAGGUCAAACUGCAUUACACACACACAAACACACACACACGCGCACUCAUUUCCUCCAUCCUCUACAACCUGCACCCAGACUCCUUUUAACUCCUCUCAGAUGAAAUUAAAAUUCCCUUGACUGCCACAGGGGUUGGGACAAGCAACGCUAGCUUUUGAACUAGAUUAAUUUAAUGGUGAAGUGUUAAUCAAAUGUGUGUCCCUGUGCAAGCGUGUGUGUGUGUAUAUAUCAUUAAUUGUCAUCAGCAAAAAGCACCUUCCACUCUGAUGAUAGCCGUAAUAACACACAGGCCACAUCUCUCUGAUUUCUCCUAAAUACAGAUAAUGAAAAAGCUUUGAUGCAGCAAUGGAAGGGGCUGAUUUUCAUUUACUGGCUUGUUUGUGUCUUUUUUUUUUUCUCUCUUUCGCCCUUCCCCGAGUCGAUUUGUGAUCAUGAAAGGAUAGAGGCGUCCAAACUCUCUCACAGAUUCUCUUAAAGCCUCGACUAAUGCCUUCCAAAGGUGUGUGUAUGUGGGUGUUAAAUUAGAACAUAUCUCUUCUUCCUGUCUCUCCAGGCGGUGGGCUACAAGUUGGCAGUGUUGCCGGUUGCCGGGGCGCUGCUGGGCGGCGUGUUAGGAGGUCCUCUUGGCCUGCUGGCUGGGUUCAAAGCUGCAGGGGUGGCUGCUGCUUUGGGAGGGGGCGCCUUGGGGUUUGCAGGAGGAAACCUAGUACAGAAACACCGCAAAGCCAGGGUGGAACUACAGAUGAAACAACUGACAGCACCUCCACCUGAAUCACCUGAGAAUCCAGAGUCAAGCAAAGACAAAUGACCCAGAAGCUGCGGUCAGUCCUCUGACCUCCAGGGCUGAAAAACCACUGCCAACUGAGUAUUCAGAAGCACAGAGUCGACCUCCUGUUCACAAGCCUUACAGACAAUCCUUAUCAGAUGUUUUGUGAAAUAAACACAAAAUAACAGCCUUAUUCAGGAGUCACAAGCUCCAUUAGAUGUGAUUGUGCUUUUAAAAACAAAGCUAUUUUAUGCACACUAGUGACUCUAUCUUAUGAACAGUCUUGCAGUUAUUAACACUACAGCUCUUAGUUUGAAAUGGCUAUGGGCAGUUUUUAUUUAAAAAAGUAUCUUGAGCACAAAUUCACAAAGUAUAAUCAGUUUUAACAAGCUCCACCCUUCUGCCGUUAUCACUGCUAAGAGUCCGGUUAGUGCUUUCCUGCUGAAACUAAUAUUCAAAUGUGAGUAGCGUAUAACAGAACUGAAUAAUGUAAAUAAAAAGGUUCUGCUUAUACAUUUCAAUAAUUUAUACGGUUUGUGCUUUGACUUGUUUUUGCCAAGUAUGAGAGCAAUUACUGCACAAAAACAAAAACUGCACCAAAGUGCCACUUUUCAAAAAGCCACGUGUGUAAAUGAGCCAUGUGUCGACUACCUUGUUGUGAAUAAAUGUGUUUUUUUUCCAA